AUGUCGAAAGAAGAAGAAAAGAACAUCGCCAUCAAUGAUGGGAACAGCAGCGAAGAACGCUCUGGCACCCACGAUGGAGUCGAAAUACAAGCAGGUGAAUUUACUGACAAUGUCGAUGGCUUACAGCGUCAUCUGGGCAAUCGUCAAAUUCAGCUCAUUGCCAUUGGAGGCUCCAUAGGAACUGCGUUGUUUGUGAGCAUUGGUGGCGCUCUCAACAAAGGUGGUCCAGGCGGCAUGUUUUUGGCUUACACUUUGUACUCUAUUCUCCUCGCCCUCGUAUCCAAUGGCGUGGCAGAGAUGAGCGUCUUCAUGCCAGUCAGCGGUGGAUUCAUUCGUUUGGCAGGAAAAUGGGUAGAUGAAUCAUUUGGAUUCAUGGCUGGCUGGAACUUCUAUUUCUAUGAAGCCUUGCUCAUACCCUUCGAAAUCACUGCUCUCAACCUGGUGUUAUCUUUCUGGCGUGAUGAUAUUCCCGUCGCAGCGGUCUGUGCAGCAUGCGUUGUACUAUAUGGUCUUAUCAAUCUUCUGGCUGUGAAAGCCUAUGGAGAAGCGGAAUUCUGGCUUUCCGGAGGAAAAGUGAUCCUGAUCUUCAUGCUAUUUUCUUUUACCUUCGUUACCAUGGUGGGAGGGAAUCCCCAGCACGAUGCUUAUGGAUUCAGAUACUGGAAGAAUCCUGGCGCUUUCGCAGAGUACAUCACUACGGGAUCCCUAGGCCGCUUUGAAGGGUUUCUCGGUGCCCUCUGGGCUGCAUCCUUCUGUAUUGUGGGGCCUGAGUACAUCUCAAUGGUCGCCGCCGAGGCGAAGCGUCCGAGAAUUUACAUCAAACAAGCCUUCAAGACGAUUUACUGGCGAUUUGCCAUCUUCUUCAUUGGUGGUGCUCUCUGUGCAGGUAUUGUGAUCCCGUACAAUGACAAAACAUUGGUUGCUAUCCUAGGAGGUGAUUCCUCUGGUGGAGGCACUGCCGCAGCAUCUCCUUAUGUUAUAGCGAUGCAAAAUCUCGGGGUCUCAGGCUUUCCCCACCUUGUGAAUGCUCUCUUGGUCACCAGUAUCUUCUCUGCUGGUAAUACAUACACCUAUUGUGCAACACGUACUCUAUACGGACUUGCGCUCGAGGGGCGCGCCCCAGCUAUCCUCAGGAAAUGUACCAAGCAGGGUGUACCGAUCUACUGCUUCGCAGUCACGAUGCUUUUCCCAUUCCUCAGUUUUCUUCAGGUGUCCAGCAACUCAUCUCAAGUCCUUACCUGGCUCAUCAACCUAAUUACAGCUGGUGGUGUCAUCGAUUACAUUGUGAUGAGUGUGACCUACAUCUGCUUCUAUAACGCAUGCAAAAAGCAAGGUAUUGAUCGCAGAACAUUGCCAUACUAUGGAUGGGGCCAGCCAUACUGUGCCUAUAUUGGUCUUGUUUUCAUGACCAUGGUUGUCUUCGUCUAUGGAUACUCAACUUUCCUCCCUGGCGGAUGGUCGCUCAGCUCUUUCUUCUCUUACUACAGUAAGUUCAGCCAUGUCUAUAUCAAUCAGAAACCUCACAGCCUUGAUGUCGAGUCUCAAAUGUUCUCUCAUGCUAAUGCUUCAUCUUCAACAGCCAUGGUCGGAGUUGCACCUAUCCUCUAUGUCUUCUGGAAAAUUGUCAAGCGCACCCCAUUCGUCCGCAGCAGUGAAGCCGAUCUUCUCUGGGAACGCCCCAUCAUUGAUGCCUACGAAGCCACCUUUGUUUCCCCACCUGUUGGCUUCUGGACCGAGAUGGUGCAGCUCAUCGGCUUCAGAAGAGGUGCCAAGGAUGAGCGUAUCGUCGACAGAAGGGGUUCUGUUCAAGUCUGCUAA